AUGGGAUUCUUCACACGAUUACAUUUUCAUCAACUAACAUGUAUUCGUUCGUUAACGAUUCACUGCCUAAAACCACUCACUGGUGCUGAAGAAAUUGAUAUUUUGUAUUCUGAAUGUGACCAUAAUCAUUGGAAAGUCGUGCACUAUGCGAACACUAAAGAAAAAUUCGUGUUGAAAUGGGAGGUGAUCGCUCGGCAGUUAUCGAUUUCCAGUCGAGUUCUGUUAUCAAUUAUUGACGUACAGGUGGAAACGUGUACUAUUCACAACAACGCCAAGUACUCUUUAUCGACUGACUACGUUUUGCCAGCAGUUUAUCGAACUGUUGCAUCACCGUACGAUAUUCCAGUCGAUGUGGUGAUUCCUGAAAAUCAAACGGUAGUCAUUCAACCAGGUGUCACACUUCGGUUUAGCAAGAACGCCGGUUUCACUGUGCGAGGUGUUCUCAUUGUUAAUGGUACCAAGGCUGCUCCAAUCACAUUCGAACCGCAAAUCGACCAAUGGAAAGGAAUUGAAAUUAUAAACGCGUCGUUACCGUCAAGAUUCUCGUUCGCUAAUGUUAGCGGCAGUUCCAUGGGUAUCACACUAAGAAGUGGUGUCCCGCCAUCGAUCGAUAACGUAAUAUCCGAAUGGAAUCAGUAUGGCUUCGACUUUCAGACCAUCGCCAGUGUACACAUCGUAUCGUCAGCGGCGCUGAACAAUGAAAAAGACGGAUUUCGAAUACGAACAAAGACUGUACAAAACUACUUAAAAGGCACGUACCAGUUGGAUUUCGUGUCCAAUUUGAUUCAUCGUCAGGGUGAUGUACUGCUUGAGUCUUGUGUGUCGGCAUCUAAUCAUCGGGACGGAUUCCAUCUGAAUGUGGCCGGCAACGUCAACGUUCUGGACUCACAUUCGAUUUCUAAUGGUCAGCAUGGAUUCAUUCUUUCGGAGACAUCGUCUUCUGUGUUCAUCCAACAAGCAAUGGCCAGUUCUAAUGCUGGUAAUGGAAUUCGAUUCGAUGACCUACGAGUCGGACGAUCACUCGUCAAGCUUAAUAAUGUUAGUGUCACCGAUCACUAUCAUGUGGCCGGUAUUUCCUUCCAAGACGCCUCCGAUAUGCAUCUGGAGAUGAACCACUGCUUUAUCGAAGAAAAUUAUAAUUUAGGUCUUUCGUUUGACGGUAUCACUGCGAACAGCUCGAUUCAUAUCGUCGACUCGAAUUUCACAAGGAAUCGCGGUUCUACGAUUCUCAUGUCACUUCUUCGCGACGUAGAUGUCAAACUUCAUAGAAACACCUUCAUUGCUAAUAAUCUAAAUGAUUUUGACCAACAUGAAGCCGUCAUCGACAUCGCCACGUUUGCGGAAAGGAGAGGUUAUACGGUUCAAGUAUUGAUCACGAAGAACAACUUCAUUGCCAAUCUCGCCCAAUCGACAAUUGAUUUAGAUGUGCCACAAGGAGAAAUCAAAGGAAAUUAUUUCAGCAAUGUACAGUCCACUUGUGACAUCACACGAAUUUCAUCAAUGAGUGCCGACGCUGUUGAGAACUAUUGGGCUCACGAAACGGACGCCGAGUACCGGCCGAGAAUUUGUACACCGAGUCACGCAAGCUAUGAGAUUUAUGAAGAGGAUUCGACUAAGCAGAAAACGAUCCAGAACUCCAGUAGUAGUCGAGAUCCAGUGGAUGUGAUUGCCGUGGGAACGAUGAGAACUCCUAGGGAACGAUGGGCGAUGGAACAGGAGAUGACCAAGAGAAUUAGUUCCUUUAAUAACUCGUCGACAUUGAGACCUUUCUCGAACACCUACAAUCAGGUGAAGGCAAUUCCACAACCGUACGGCAUUGGUUCGGAAGUUGCUAUACAACCUGGACAAAUCGUCAUUGUCGAUCCUGGCAGUGAAUUCGAAUUUGCUCCAGGUAUCGGCUUAACUGUUCAGGAUAAAGGUAAACUAUAUCUGAACGGUACAGUGGACAAACCAAUUCUUCUAUUUGGUGAGUCCAUGUGGAGAGGAUUAAUUAUCAAACCAGACGCUUCGAUUGGUAUAUGGAUCGAUUCCGAGAAGGUUCAUGUGGAAAGUGCUAGAAUUGCCGAUUCGGUGGUGUCUAAUGGCUCAUCGUACUCUAUCCACAUUGUCGAAUUCCCAGCAUUUCCGUUGAAGUCAGUUUCUCUCCGUAAUGUGACGGUGAGCGGUCAGAAUCGGGGUCAUGCCGGAGUGCUUAUUACCGGUGGAUGGGUUGAGAAGAUCAAUAUCGAUCGAUCACUCUUCGCUAGGAAUACUGUACCGAGUGUUAUCAUCGGUGUUGAAUGUCGUCAGCAAAAAUCAAAAGCUCAACUGACAAACACGACGUUUCGUAACAAUGAGGAUGUCGUCGUACAUUUUGAUAUUGGUGAAUGUGUUAGCGUGUCAGUGAUAGGGAAUCGCUUCCUGGAGAACAACAAGGCUACUGGACACGGAGUGUUGAUGCUUAACGCGGCACCAAAAGAAAAGUUUUCUGCACUUCCAAUUGUUGUGGAAGAGAACGAAUUCUCGAGAAAUGGUGGCGAAUAUGCGGCGAUGUUAGCAAUGCAUGGCACCAGUGCCGCCAGUGGAUCUGGAUGAGAGUGCAAUUCUGUUAUUGUUGAUUUUCAGAAACUUGAAGCUACCGGAAACAAAUGGCACACAACCGACAUGCUGAAGGCAAUUAAAGCACCGGAAGGAUCAGUUAAACUGAAAAUUGAUGAAGUGCUGACAAAACCUGAUGCUCAACUACUUCCUGAUAAUUCACAGUGUGCGCAUCUGAAUUAUUGCUCUCAUGUCGGCAACUGCCAAGGUGGGAUAUGCCUGUGUCCAGCCAAUCGUGUUGGUUUGGACUGCUCGAUAGUGAUUGGUUGUCCGUCAAAUUGCAGUAAUAAUGGUGUGUGUGAUAUUAUGAACAAAUGUGUCUGUCAUGAUGGCUGGUCAUCAGCUGACUGCUCAAUUCCUCUUUGUCGUUACGAUUGUCAUGGUCACGGUAGAUGUGUGUCGAAGAAUGAAUGCGAGUGUUAUGCCGGAUGGGGUGGUGAGUUUUGUGAUGAACCCGAUUGUGAGGAGGGUUCAUGUCUGCAUGGACAAUGCUUGUCGUCGAAAUGCCAAUGUUCAAAUGGUUGGCAAGGAUCAAGGUGCUCUAUCCCGGUAUGCCGAAAUUGUUCGAUCAAUGGCCGAUGUCUUGCUCCGGAGAGAUGCGACUGCUUCGAAGGAUACCAUGGUGAGGACUGUUCUAUAUGCCAAGGACCCAGAUGUCAAUCGUGUGACUUUGACUGUGCUCACGGGGUUUGCGAGCGAGAGACUAGGACAUGCUCGUGUGCUCGUGGAUGGUCAGGAGCUGCAUGUGAUGUUUGUCGGUCGGCGAAUUGUCAAGUGAAAAGCAGCGUGUUGUAUAUUAUGCCGUCGACAGCCGAUCGUGAAGAUGUGAACGUCGUUGUAAACGUCUUUGGAACGGAGUUUCCCCGAACACCUUCUUCGUCAUACACAUGUAUCUUUGGUGCUUCGUAUUCGAAAGGAAAGAGAAUCAGUUCGACUGUGGUGAGGUGUCGAGUUCCCAAGCAGCUCACACUAGGACGACAUCUAUUUAAUUUAGCGCCAGAAGGCUCGAUUUCAGUAAUACCAAAUUUUGACGUUAGACCGAUCCACUUCACCAUCUACGACUCGUGUUCGCCGUCGUUCUGCAAAGGAGUCUGUGUUGGACCGUUAUGUGUGUGUCCGAAAGGCACUACGGGAAUCAACUGCGAUGUAUUCGAGAUAAUACCAUCGAUCGAUCGGCAUUUCCUAGAAUAUCAAAAAGCAAGCACAGCUGUCGAAGGUUCACCGUACAUUGUUGUGCUCCCGACGAUGCCAGGAUCGUUAUAUCAUGUAAAUUCCACCAUAAACGAUUUACACUUCGAUUCGGCUAGAGGUAUUAUUGAGUGGGCACAGCCAAUUGGAUCGUACACUCCGUACAUGAUCACCGUUGUCUCAAACUCGCUUUCUGGAGAAAGCAGUGUCUCGUGGAACGUUACUGUAGAACCGUCGUAUACCGUCGACGUGACAUCGGUCAAAAAUGUACCCGGUUUGAGUACAAUGAGAAUCGUGGGAAAGUUGCGAGGCUUAAAGAAUAACUAUGCAGCUCCAGUGAAGUUAUCGAUAAAACGAAUGGAUCAAGAGAAGUUGAUGAAAAUCCCAGUAAAAUCCGACGGUGAUACGUUCACAUAUGACUUCAUUCCGGAUCAAGGUGGAAACUAUACAGUGGCUGCCUCACAUCCUGGAGUCUCGUUAACUUCGGACGGAGUUCAGUUCGAAGUACAACCACUACAGUUAUCGAUCGACAGUGAUUCGCAAAGUGCGAUCGUUCGCGCUGUGAAUAGCUGUCAUGUGAACAUGCUUCGCCCACGGAACGGUACUGUAGUUAUAGAAAAGAUGGAAAAUUCGGUGUCGUUUGUAGGAAACGCUCCUAAUUGGCGUGACGAGGCAGUUUCAUUACUAAUUUGUGGCAACAGACGAGAAUUAUGGAGGAAUCAACUUAAUCCUCAAACUUCGUCUCUUACCGCUGUGCCGUCAGUCAUUGCACUUCCUUUUGGAUCCGUUCAGUCUAAGAGUUUUGAGGUAGUAGUACGAAUUCCAAUCUACUACAUCGGCGCCACCAACAAAUUCAAUGUGAGCAUUUGUGUGAAAGACUCCUACGACUACAGCGCUGGUAACGGGGAUGAUACGGCCGUACUCAGCGUCUCGAACACCGCUCUCGGUGUUGACAUUGUCAGAAGCAAUAUGAAGCUGAACAGUAUGCAACCCUAUGGCUUUUCCUUUUUCCAUUACGGCUAUAGAGGCGAUUCUGUGACAUAUGGAAUUAUUCCUGCUAAACUUUUAGAAGACUUUGCAUCGUUUCCGCUUUCCGAAGGGUUCUAUCAAAUUACUGCGAAAGCGCCGAAUCAUCGCACUGUCUCAGAAGUCGUGCAUAAGCCCUCCGCUCGUUCAGUCCCAGUGAAUGCAUCAUUCUGGAUCGCUGUUGAGUGGAAGGGAUCAACUCCGUCGGCAUCGGCUUAUUGUGAUGCCCACGUCUUCUCGCUGCCGUUUGUAUUUGUUGCUGACGAUUCUCAUAGUGUUCAACAAAUGUCAUUCGAUGUUGUUGCUCAAACAAAGACGUUGACCGCUGAACGAACUCAGUGGAAAAUCUGUGACGAUUCGAAUCGACCGUAUCCGGUGACGUACAGUACGCGAGUGACGUGUGAUUGUGCUCAGGGUGCUCGCUCGAAUUGUCGCAAAAAGUACAAAUCAGCAGCUGCAUGCGGAUCGGCGUGGAAGCGAAUAUUUGACGAUACGGUGUCACUGCAAGUUCUGAGCACGUUCUUUCUCCUUCUGACCGAUUGUCGCACUGUGCAUGUUAAUCUGACCGAACUUGGUGAAGCAAUGCAAUGCGUGUCGUCUCUUGAAAGUGAAUGUCCAAUCCUUCGUCACAGAAAACGAUCAAUCGAUAAUCGUCAUAAGGAUCUGGAAUCCUACGGACCUUUGGACGUCAUCAACCAUAAAAUCUUUCCACCAAGCAUUAUUGAUCGUUUGGAUGUUAAUAGUGGUGUGGUCGAAGAGUUCUUACUCUCCAUUAGUGAUAACUCCGAACUUGGAAUAGCAAUAUCGACAACAGAAGCUGAAAAGCUCAAAGAUGACAAUCUGGUGCAACUGUGGAACGCUACGGUAACAGAGUGGACAUCAGGACGAAUGGAAUCACCAGGUGAGAACGUGGGCAUACUGUACGCCGAUGCUAAACAGUUAGUGGUGACAGCCGAUCGACUUCAAUCGCUUACUAGACAGAAUGGCGCCGCUGAUCCGUUUAGUUUGCUUCAUGAGUAUGCUGGACAAAUUCUUACCACCAGAGACAAUCGAGAUGAGGAGUGCAUGUCGGCUGCAGUAUUAAUCGAACCACAUCUGAUUUAUGAAGAUUCCACUCUCACUAUUGACGUCUUUAUAGAAAGUCUUCAGGAUUCAACGCUAACAAAUAUCGAUUUAUCGAUCGAUUUCGUGCGUAACGACAUGUUCGUGCCGCCGAUAAGUUUCGGCGUCGGCCCAUCGUGGUCGGCUGGGAUAAAUACGAUCAGUGGAUUCCUUCUUCACUUUGUCAAUGGAGACGUGUCUAAAUUGCCGACGUCACCAUUCUCUUCAAUGACUGCUAUAAUGAAUAUAGGUUAUUCCCGGCUGGACAAUGUACGUGUGCUUCAUGCCGAUUUCGACUUGGUGACUUCAUCAAGGGCAGCACCUUUCGAAAUUGUACGAAUGGAAGUGGAUGGAAAGCAGAUAGGUAAGAAUCCGAUAAUCGUAAUCCCAUCGAGAUCGUCAUACUUCACAAGGAACUCUGCAAAAAUCGCAAACAUGUCGGUAAUCCUUACAGUGGAUGGUCAAUUGACAGCCGUGGAGGACGAGCACGUCUACGUCAUCAAAGUUGCUGCUUCGGAAAGCGAUGGCUUCAUCGUCUCGUCUUUAACCGAUCCCGAGCCCACAUUCUUUUAUCGGCCCGACAUUGGUAGCAUUGUCAACGUCAUACCGUUACAAUAUGUUGCAAGUACUGUGAAAUCGACGAGUGACAAGAGGACAAUCACGAUUCUUGCUUCCUUCCGUAAUUUACUGUCUCCCGGCCUCACUGGAGCUCUUUGGGGCAGUUUCAAAUUACCACCGAUUCCCGCCGAUUAUCGAUUGACUCGUGUCGCUGACCAACGUGGCGCGCGAUCUCGAGUCCUAACGCCAGUCACAUGGACUGAAGAGCAAAUGGAAGGUACAACGCUAAACUUUAUCGACUCGGGAGCGUCGUUCCCAGUGUCCGAUACCGUCUACGAAAUGGAAUUCACUGAACCAUCACAAAAGACAGCUCCAACUUUCGAUCAAACUUCAUAUCGAGCACAGGCAAGCAUGCUAGCUUGA